AGCAUAGAGUAUCCGGUGCGUGCGCUUUGCCGCAAAUGUGACCAGAGGAAGAAGAAGAGCAGCUUCUCUCUAAGAUGGCGGCGACCAUAGACAACAGCAAUGCCGUACAGGCGACAAAGAAAAAGCACCUCGGGAUCCCGGAGGCAGUGUUUGUGGAGGAUGUUGACUCCUUUAUGAAGCAGCCCGGCAACGAGACGGCAGAUGCAGCGCUGAGGAAGCUGGACGAGCAGUACCAAAAAUAUAAAUACAUGGAGCUCAACCUAUCUCAGAAGAAACUAAGGCUGAAAAACCAGAUUCCACAGAUCACGCAAACGCUAGAAAUCCUACGACACAUGCAAAAGAAAAAGGAAACAACAGAGCCCAUGGAGACGCACUAUCUGUUGGCUGACAAUGUGUACUGCAAGGCCACUGUCCCACCCACCGAUAAAGUCUGCCUAUGGUUAGGGGCUAACGUUAUGUUAGAGUAUGACAUCGAUGAAGCCCAGGCUCUGCUAGAAAAGAACCUGUCUACAGCAUCCCGUAACCUAGAGACACUCGUGGAGGACCUGGAUUUCCUGCGAGACCAGUUUACCACCAUCGAAGUCAACAUGGCACGUGUUUACAACUGGGAUGUGAAGAGAAGGAGCAGAGAAAACCUCCUCAAAUCAGCAGUAAAGUCUUAAUAGUAACAGGAAAGUGUUCACAUCCCCAUCAACUCACUAUCUGCUCCUUAGUCAAAAAGGUUAAACAGGCCCCGUCUCCCACUUCAUGUGUAUGUUGACCCUGUUGCUCGGCAGAUAGAGGACACCUUUGAAAUGUCUUCAGUAGUUGCUGUGUGCUUGAUUGAAAGGGAUGUACUUGAGACCAAGUCAGGUGCAUUUCAUCAUUUAUUUGCUGGAUUUUAAACGUGUCCUCUAUCGAGUCAAGCUUCACUUUCACCACUACUGUUCUGUUGAUUUGUUACUUUUUAAAGUAUUUUUUCAAGUAAAAACUAACAAAACAAAUGCAACAAAGCAAAUUUUUUGUAUUCUUUUUAAUGAUUUCAGUAUGUUCCUGUUAUUUUUGUCUGAUUAUGAGUGAGAGGUUCUUUCGCAUUGUUUUUUUUUCCUCUGCAUUUUUCAUCCUUACUCACCACACAUUUCUAUUUCAUUGCUCUCAUGUGCAGGACUUGAGUUGCUGUCAAAUCACAGUUGCAGUUGUACUCGGUCGGACCAGGUCUGUGGGAUGACAUGGCUCCUAACUGAGGAAGAACGCAGAAUCAAACGGGUUCUGUUUUGUAGAUCAGGUUUUCGCCUCCUACAGGAUGUUAACGGGAUCGGACAUAGGCCUCCCGUCGAUUUUUCAACACAACUCAUCUAAUUUCCUCCGCUUCUUUUCUGCACUCUUUUUCUCCACUGGUCUUUCUGUAUUUAUUUGUCUCUCACUGUACUCAUUAAAUGAUGAAUGGAGUAAAAGAAGAACAUUCGGUCAAA